CUCAAGGUUUCACAAAGAGUGACUCAACGGAAGUUCGCGCAGGUAGUCAGGUAGUUAGUAGAGAUGGAAAGCGGUCCAUUCAAUCGACGGUCCUGGGCGACACAGUCUUUGCGCAUCACUGCGAAGGAGCUGUCACUGGUCAGUGGCCGAGGGAAAAACAAUGCUAUUGCUGAACGCUUCUCCAAGUAUCAGAGAGCUGCUGAGGAGUCAAGUGCAGAGAAGAAAAAAGCAUCUUUUGAGAGUGCGACCCCCUCCCUGCGGUCAGGCAACCUGAGUGCUCUGAAGAAGCGCUGGGAGCAAGCGGAGAACCUUGAUCACAGCAAACCUUCCUCUGUCCCACCUCCAAGCCAGUCCAGCUCUCGCUGUAGGCCUCCUGCCCUCGCCAGGCCUCCUUCAAUCAGUGAAAGCGCCCCUUCAUUAAAGAGCCCUGGCCAGCUGACAGCUGAGGGAGGUCAACCUACAGCCAGGCGUGUCCAGCAGCCCUCAGCAGCUCCUAAAGCAUCCAAAGCUGAAGAAGAGAGAGGGAUGGACAGGGAUGAGGUGACACACAGCGAAAGACCUGAAAAGCUUGAAGAGCAAGUUCCAACCAGCCCCAGUGCCUCCUAUGAAAAACCCAGAGUGCCACUGAACAACCUGAAGAUGAAGUUUGAGAAAGGAGAGGACACCACGGGCAAGGGUGGCAGGGCAACACGACGCAGUACUUCAUCAGAAGACAUGGACCAACAUAGUGGUUUGUCUGUGCCGGACAGAGUGCUGGAGUCGACAUCCCUGAGGGAGAAGAUGGCGAAGUACCAGGCUGCUGUUUCUAAACAAGGCAAAGCACAAUCUGGUGUGGCCCCAGAUGGGUCUGGUCCAAAAGAAUCUGCACCUGUACCUCAGAAACACAUACCUGCACCUGAGUGUAAUGGUGAGAGCAGCGAGCCAUCCAAAGUAUCCAGGAAGUUCUGCCCGCUGGUGAAGGAGACGUGCUCCGCUUGUUUAAAGAUAGUGUACCCCCUGGAGAGACUGGUGUCUCAUCAGCAUGUCUACCACAAAAGCUGCUUCCGCUGUGUUCACUGCAACACAAAGCUCAGUCUUGGGAACUAUGCCUCUCUGCAUGGUAAUGUCUACUGCAAGCCCCAUUUCAAUCAGCUGUUUAAAGCCAAAGGCAACUACGAUGAGGGCUUUGGCCAUCGCCCUCACAAGGAACUGUGGGAACCUCGAACUGAUGGAGAAGAAGGUGAAGAAGCAGUGAAGCCAAAAGAACCAGAGGAACCUGUAACAGUGAAGCAUCCAGCUGAGAGUAUCUCAGACAAACAGCCAACCCCAGCUGUGGAAGCAUCCCCACAGGUAAAGGUGACAGACAUGACCGCCUUAUUGGAGACACGUGUCCAAACACAUGCCAGCUCCAGUGAGAAACAUCAGUCUACAGAGAAGCCAGCUGAGACACGCAAGCUGAGGAUCGCUUGGCCUCCUCCGGCUGGGGAGAGCCACUCUGGGACAGCAGCACUUAGUCCAGUCACAGAGGGAGUGACUUCAAGCCGACCCUGGAGAGCCAAGUGGCCCCCAGUGGAAGAGGCACCAUCAUCGUCCUUCCAGAGCUCAGAGCGCGUUGAACUGAAGAGCUUGAGGAGGAGUUCUUCCCUAAAGGAGCGCACUCGGCCUUUUACAGUCGCAGCUAACCCCACCCCUGCACCCAGUCUAGGGCCCAGGGAACCCCGUCGCCCUCUCAAGUCCCUGCUGGAAUGGAGAGCAUCAUUUGAGGAAAAAAGCCUAUCUGAAAAAUCGGCCAAAGAAAACAAACCAGAGAAGCAGCAGCUGAGUCAGCAGGAGAAGGAGGAGAAGAUGCCUCAAAUAGCAAGUGAAGUUGCAGCAAGUGCAAGCGAGACCAUCUCGGAGGAGGACGUGGAGACACCGCAGCAGGUGGAAAAAGGCCAGCAAGUACAGAAAGAAAAAGUCUCAGGAGCAGCAGACAAGAUGGCAGGGGAAGAGAGCUCUCUGAGAAGCAUCUCUCCAGACAUCUCACCUUCCCCUUCUCCACCUUUGCAGCCAAAGCAGAACCGCACCUCCCAGGAUGUGGGCUUCUGGGAGGACGACAAAGAAGGAAGUGACGCUGAGGAGCCGAGUGCAGAGGAUAUAAUCAAGAGGAACCGCUACUAUGAUGAGGAGGAGGACUCUGAGUCAUAGGAACAUCUCACAGUUUUAUCUGUUCACCAUAUAACACUUGUCAGUUUUGGUUUUUUCACUUUAUAAGUAGCCCAUAAAUUUAGCUUUGCCAGAUUUUAGUUAAGAGACAUUAUGUGUAAUAGGUGCAUAUUUGAUUUAAUAACUGCCUUUAAUUACUUAAGUACAAAUGUUUGAUUUUUUUUUUAUAUUUAAUUAUAUACUGUAAAAUAUCUAAAAACAGCUUUUAUAUGACUCCUGAUUAUACUGGAAGGUGGAAAUCUAUUAUGCAUUUCUGGAUCUGUAUUCUGACAUAAUUAUAUGCAUCAUCAGUGGCAUAUUAUUUGCAGGUGGUGUGUCCAAAAAGCAUGAUACUUUAUGUGGCAUAUAAAAGUACUUUUUAAUUACAGGCAGCACCAGACUGCAUCAUGCAAAACAGUCAUUAUGUGUAGUUUAGCCCUUCCUAGAAUGCAGAAAAGACCUAAAUAUCUUAUACCAAAAAGGGAACACCAGCACUGUAUUGUUACGUUGUUGCAGGAGAACAAAUUUCUGUUUAUUAUAGUUUAUAUUUUUACAUAUUGCCUGACUUUAAAUUGUAAAUUAAAGAAAUGACAAAACAGAACCAACAAUCCAGAGUGUGCUCUGGAUUAGGAUCCAAACCAACAUUGUUCAGAUCAUGACUUCUCUCAGGGAUGAAGACACCGUCCCAUACGUCCAGUUGCCUUUGUACAAUAUCUCCUCUAACGGGACUCAGUACUUCUACUCUUCUACUAUGUCUGAUUUUACUUUCAGCCUGUUUGGAAAUUAAUUGAAUUCCGCUCCUCAGGUCAUGUUGUGCCAGUUCACAUGCUGUUAAGAUACUAAACAGCAGACAGUGUGCAGUUUACUGCUUUGACUGUUAUUGAGCCUUUAUCUUUUCCCAGCAACUGAGUAAUCAUAAGAUCUUUAAAUAGACAUACAGAGCAGUCAGUAAACAAUAAUAACUCUGUCCUGCAGGGGGCUCACUGGUUUGGUGAAAAUGCAAUUGGAACUUCAAGGACAAAUUGCACAGAGGUUAUUUAAUCAUUCCGAAUUCCGAAUUGACAUUACAUUUAUUUUUAAUUUGUCAACUUGUUCCAGUUCAAAAUCUGCUCUUGAUCAGUUCUAAGCAAGCAAUAAAAGGAGAAAAUAUAAUUAAAAAAGUGUUUUACUUACAGCUCAUUCUAAUUUCAGUCUAAUGUCUCAAUAUGUGUCAUCUCUGGGCCUUCUGGAUUUGUGUUGCAACAUUUUCAAACGUUAUCCAGUUUAUAUUGUAUGUAAAACACUUUCUAUUUUAUUAUGUGCUGUGGAAUAUUAUGUUUGCACUGCAGAAUAUUUUUUAAUAAUUAUAAUUUGUAUAUUGACACGCUGGAAAUUAAAGUUUUAACUGAAACACAAUUAAAAUGUAUCAGUAAGGAAAUCCAGAAUUUCCACAAAGCUAACAAUGUCUUUUUCUACUAGCAAUGAUAUUUAAUGUGCCCUUGUUUUCUGUUUAGUCAGGAACAACAAUUUUAGAUAUCAUGCACAUUGAGGUGAAUAGAACGGGGACAUAAUUGUUUCUGUGGAGUUUUACUCGAAUUCACCAGUUACUCUGAUAUACUGUAACCACAGAAUUGUGGCCAUUAAUUUCAAUUUGAGACGGCCAAAGAAAAAGGUCGCUCUUUGCUAGAUGAUAGAUAUUAUGUUCUUCAAAGAAAUUGGUCUAAUUAAUUUAAUUUUGUGAUAUUCAUACUCCAUUUCUUGAAUUGUUCUAGUGCUAACAAUAUACAGUGCUUACUGUUAAUCUUAAAGUACUUCUGUAGUAUUUAAAUAAUGCAUAUAGUUUAGUUUUUUCAAAUAUCCAAAAUGGUGACGCAAAGUGUUUUUAACAUCCGUAAACCCUUGCAUCCCUGAACAACAAUCAAGGAUCAUCAAGGGUUUAAACUUUAAAUGUUAAAAAAGAAAAAAUGUGCUAGAACACCCAACUGUGGAGCUGUAGCAGAGGAGAUAAUAUUUCUUAUACAUCAUUUGGAAGUUUUGCCAACAAAAAAAAGAUAAUCUAAAAUAAUCUAAUUUACAUUUAAAGUCAUCAGACAGAACAAAAUUCAUACUGAAC